UUUGUAAAUUUGUUGUCAAUUUGUUUAAGAUAUAGUUAACUAUGACUUCUAAUAUUAAAAAAGUUGCAACUCAACUGGUUGGAAUUAGUGUAUCAAAAACUCCAAGAAAAACUUUGGUUGAUUUAUAUUCACAGACAUUAUCUAUACUUGGGUCUAUGCCAGCAUCUUCAGUUUAUAGGCUGCAAACAGAGGAAAUUACAAGAAAGCGAUUAGAGACGGUUCAAAAUGAAGAGAACGUAAUUUUGAUUGAAGAAAAGAUAAAUUGUGGACAAAUAGAGGAAGUAAUUAUUCAAGCAAAAGAUGAACUCUCAUUAGCUGAGAAAAUUAUUGAGUUCAAACCAUGGGAGCCUUUAAAUGAAGUUGCACCUCCAGGACAGUGGGCGUAGUUAUUUUCAUAUACAUACACCUGUAAUUGAUAAAGUUUUGCAGUAUAAAACUUUUUGUUACUCUAUUAAACUCUACAAAAUAAAUUAGAUCACCUAA